AUGGUACUAAAUGAAACGUUACGUUAUUACUCACCUGGCUAUAUCAAUCUUCGCGAAGCGAAGGAAGAUUGCACUAUUCGCGGCGUACGAUUUCCGAAAGGUGUUGGUGUUGCCAUUGCUGUUAAAGCUAUUCAUGAAGAUCCUGAUGUAUGGGAGAAUCCAGACAAAUUUGAUCCAGAGAGAUUUUCACCUGAAGCUAAUGCUAAUCGUCACCCUUGUCAUUUUCUACCAUUUAGCGAAGGCCCUCGAAAAUGCAUAGGUAUAAGAUUGGGCUGGAUGAACAUGAAACUAAUCUUAGCAAGAUUAUUACAACGAGUGAAAUUUGAUGUGGCUAAAGAGACCGAGAUCCCGUUACCAACGGUAAUACAAUUUACUGUUGUACCAGAAAAUCCGGUAUAUCUGAAGAUUGUUCAUAGGACGCAAUAA